GACUGCGGGCACCGAGUCGUCUGGCAAGACUGCGGGCACCGAGUCGUCUGGCAAGAACAGCGGGCAUCGAGUCAACUGGCAACAGCGGGCACCGAGUCGUCAACUGGCGGAACUGCGGGCAAGUCGUCUGGCAAGACUGCGGGCACCGAGUCGUCUGGCAAGACUGCGGGCACCGAGUCGUCUGGCAAGACUGCGGGCACCGAGUCGUCUGGCAUUGGAUCGUCUGGCUUGACAGCGGGCAUCGGGUCACCAGGCAUCAGGUCAUUUGGCUCACCAGCGGGCACCGCGUCAUCUGGCAAGGCAGUGGGCACCGAGUCACCAUGUACGACAGCGGGCUCUGAGUCAAUUGGCACGACAGCGGGCACCGGAUCAGGUACCGGAUCAUCUGGAUCAACAGCGGGCAUCGAGUCAACUGGC